GGUGCAUGUCAGGAAUCAGUGUCCACUGUACUGCAAUGGGGAAACAAUUUAACUCAAAAAUUGUGGAUGGAGGAUGGACUUUUCUGCUGAAUUAAUUGUUUCGCCAUACUGUUCGACAAGAUACGGAAACUAAACAUACGGUGUAUGAUUGUGUUCUGUUAAUUUUGGGCUAUCAGUAUUUCAGCAUCAUGAAACACUUGAAAGCUGCUCAUCCGGCAGCUUUGGCAUACUCCAUGACCACUCUCGGCGCUUCCAUGAUGAACAGCAUCUUUAGUUUCUAUUAUGUGAAGCUCUUCUUGAACAAGUACAAAAUAUCAGAGGGAGCGUUUCAUCAGUCACAGGUGGUCUAUAUGAUCUGGAAUGCCCUCAAUGACCCCCUGUUUGGCUAUCUACAAGACAACUCAAGCAUAGAGUGCUGUUCGCGGCGGAGACUCUCCAUUUUAUACGGGGCUCCCCUAUACUGUCUGUCAUUCUUGCUAGCGUGGUUUCCAUGGAGGACGUAUGAGGCUGGCGAUUGGCUGAGCGGCAUACAUCUAUCUGUGACCCUUUGUGCUUUCGAUGGCAUGCUGACGUUUGUGUUAUUAGCUCAGUGUGCCCUCUUUGCAGAAAUCUCAGGACACCAUCAGAGCAGACUGAGACUGAUUAAAUACAGCCAGGUCGCUUCCCUGGUGGGUUCUUCUAGCGUGCUGUUCAGUGGCCUCAUCUCCAAAAACAUGGACGACUUUGCAGCCUUCCAGGCCUUCACUGUGCUGAUAGCCAUGCUGGCGUGCGGUUCAAUGUUAUACACAGGCUUUCACAGCGAAAGUCGAUUUGAUAGCAAAACCUCAGAUACAAAUUCCCAGGAUCUUCAGAAACCAUCGCUCUCAAUGUCAUCUGUUCUUUCCAUGACCUGGCAGAUCCUUACCAACAGAGACUUCCAGCUCUUUGUAAUCAUGAACUUUUUCCAGGUCUUUAUGGUGGCUUUCUGCAAUAACUUCACCAUGAUUUUUGCAGAUCAUCUCAUUCCUCCAGAUGUCUUGCCAACGCUGGCCAAGAGCAUCAUGUAUGGAGCAGGAUUCAUCUGUCCUCAGUUGUUGGUUUUGUGCUGCCAGAAUCUUCUCCAGAGGUUUGGCUACUACAGACUGAUUCUCAUCACCUUCUACGUGGAGGCAGGAGCUGCUAUUCUCAUGCUACUUUUGGGCCCGAGCCACUACUAUUGCCUUGCGUUGUUCUUCACUGGUAACAUGGUCCUGGUUCAGGCGGCCUUCAGUCUUUUCAAUUUGCCACUGGCUGACAUCAUUGACUCUGACCUUCAAAAAUACAAGCGAAGUUCUCCUCUGUCAUCUAUGGUGUUUGGGACCAAUGCGCUUUUCACCAAGCCUGCUCAGUCUCUGGCCCCUAUGCUGGUCGUGUCCAUCCUGAACCAAUAUGGCUACGCAGAAAUCAAAGAUGCUGGGAAAAAUGCAGACCCAAGAUUUCCCUCUCUUUUUCUAGUACACUUCAGUCCCUGCACAGCACCAUGUUUUACCUGGUGUGUGUGGUACCAAUGUGUGUCGCAGCUCUCCAGGUGCUUGCAUGGAGGCCGUUCUCCAUACGAGACACUCAUACCUUGGACUCUAAGUACAUAGAUGGAUAAAUCUGAGCUCAUUUUAUUUGUGUCUGUAUUUAACUUGAAUGUGCAAAACUUUGCACUAUAGGCUACGUUUUGAUUUUUAUUCAAAACAUGACAGACUAAAGCAGUUAUUUAUAGAUAAAUCAGGUGCCAGGGGUUUGUAUUGUUGGUUUUGAGGUUUGUAUUGUUAGAAGUGUUGGUAGUCAGCUAACAGUAUAUGGGAAUUACAUGGGAAUUCUUUGAGGAACAGUGAUUAGUUUUACAGAAAUGUAAACAUAUCAUUUAUGUAAGGGAUAGUGUAUUUAUCCAGUUUACAACAGUUAUUCUAUUUAAUACUUGACUAAAAACAGAAAUGAAUGAGAUUAGUUUAUAUUUUAUAAGAAGAAAUAAAAUGCUGAGAUAUGAAUAUCAGUUAUGUAGGAAAUCUUUUGCCAGUUUAUGAAACAGUUUAGAGGUCAUACACAAAUGUCUGACCAGAUUCAGAAUUCCAUAAAGGUGGCAGGAUGCUUUUAAGCUGCUGUGGUAAUAUUAUUUUUCAUUUGGCCAUCGGAUGAAAACCUCAAAAUGGAGUUAAAUAAUUUACAUUUUCUUAAGUUAAAAAAGUAGUAUAAUUGAAUUGAGCUUUUACCAAAGCUGUAAAAUAAAUGUAUAAUUUUUUUAUUCAAAUGAGUUGAACUAUUUUGGUAAAUUUGUCAUUUCCUGAUAUGACACAAUUCAUUUAUUUUUGUCAAUAAAUCUGGCUUUAUGCUAAAA